UCUUGAGCGAGCUCUUAACCAACUGAGCCACUCUCUGUGACCUCUUUGUGUUACUAGUGACAGCCUCCGUAACCCUGUGUGGCCUAGACCGGGCUUCCCUUCAUGGCCUCUAUAAGCUGUUACAUCCCUGAGUCCCUGUGACCCCUGUGCUCCAGUCAUUUUGCAGACCUGCAGAGGCGGUGGCAAUGCUGUCGGGCACCCUAGCAUCGGCAGCAGAAUACGAAGACGCGGAGCUGCGGUGUCGCGUGGCAGUGGAGGAGCUGAGCCCGGGUGGGCAGCCGCGAAGGCGCCAGGCCCUACGCACUGCGGAGCUAAGCCUGGGCCGUAACGAGCGCCGCGAGUUGAUGCUAAGACUGCAGGCACCGGGGCUGGCUGGGCUGCCGCGCUGCUUCCCCCUGCGCGCUGCGCGCCUCUUCACGCGCUUCGCCUCGGCGGGGCGCAGCACUCUGCGGCUCCCCGCGUAUGGCGCUUCUCCAGCGGGAGCUGUGCAGCUGCUGCUCUCCGACUGCCCCCCGGAUCGCCUGCGCCGCUUCUUACGCACGCUGCGCCUCAAGCUGGCUGCGGCUCCAGGGCCCCGGCCGGCUUCUGCCCGCAAGCAGCUGCUUGGCCCGCGGCCCCACGACUUCGUCACCAUCAGCCCUGUGCAGCCCGAGGAGCUACGGCGCGCGGCGGCCACCCGGGUCCCGGACGCCACGCCGGUGAAGCAGUCCACGGAGCCCCUGGCUGGGGUCAACCCAAAUACCGAAGCCCCAAGGUGGCCCCUGCCUGUGAAGAGGCUGAGCUUGCCUCCUACCAAACCACAGCUUUCUGAGGAACAGGCUGAGGUGCUGAGAGUCGUCCUGAAAGGCCAGAGCAUUUUCUUCACUGGGAGUGCAGGGACAGGGAAGUCUUAUCUGCUGAAGCGUAUCCUGGGCUCACUGCCUCCCACAGGCACUGUGGCCACUGCCAGCACUGGGGUGGCAGCCUGCCACAUAGGGGGUACCACCCUCCAUGCUUUUGCAGGUAUUGGUUCAGGUCGGGCUCCUCUGGCCCAGUGUGUGGCCCUGGCCCAGCGGCCAGGUGUGCGGCAGGGCUGGCUGAGCUGCCAGCGGCUGGUCAUUGACGAGAUCUCCAUGGUAGAGGCGGACCUGUUUGACAAGCUGGAGGCUGUGGCCAGAGCUGUCCGGCAGCAGAACAAGCCAUUUGGAGGGAUCCAGCUCAUCAUCUGUGGGGACUUCCUGCAGCUGCCUCCUGUAACCAAGGGCUCCCAGCUCCCGCAGUUCUGCUUCCAGGCAAAGAGCUGGAAGAGGUGUGUCCCUGUGACCCUGGAGCUGACCAAGGUGUGGAGGCAGACGGACCAGACCUUCAUCUCUCUGCUACAGGCUGUCAGGCUGGGCAGGUGCUCAGAUGAGGUGACCUACCAGCUCCAGGCCACAGCCACCCACAAGGUGGGGCGAGAUGGCAUUGUGGCCACAAGGCUCUGUACCCACCAGGAUGAUGUGGCCCUUACCAAUGAGAGGCGGCUGCAGGAAUUGCCAGGUGAAGUACACAGCUUUGAGGCCAUGGAUAGUGACCCUGAGCAAGCCCGGACCCUGGAUGCCCAGUGUCCCGUUAGCCAGCUCCUUCAGCUAAAGCUGGGGGCCCAGGUGAUGCUGGUGAAAAACUUAGCAGUGUCCCGGGGCCUGGUGAAUGGUGCCCGAGGAGUGGUAGUCGGGUUCGAGACCCAGGGGAGAGGGCUGCCCCAGGUGCGGUUCCUGUGUGGCGUCACUGAGGUCAUCCGUGCUGACCGCUGGACGGUGCAGACCACUGGGGGCCCGCUCCUCAGCCGGCAGCAGCUGCCCCUCCAGCUGGCCUGGGCAAUGUCCAUCCACAAAAGCCAGGGCAUGUCCCUAGAUUGUGUGGAGAUCUCUCUGGGCCGUGUGUUUGCCAGCGGCCAAGCCUACGUGGCCCUUUCCCGGGCCCGCAGCCUGCAGAGCCUGCGUGUGCUGGACUUUGACCCCAUGGUGGUUCGAUGUGACCCCCGCGUGCUGCGCUUCUAUGCUACCCUGCAGCGAGGCAGGGGCCUUGGCCUGGAGUCCCCAGAUGACGAUGAGGCAGCCUCAGACCAGGAGAAUGUGGACCCAAACCUUUGAGCCGCAAAGAGAAGAUAAAAGAUUGUCUUCCCUUCUUCAGCUCCCAGUGGGGCAGGACACCCGGGGGGAGAAUGGGGAGGGCGAUCAGUGCCCCUUUCUCCCUUCAUGAAGGGCUGUCAGCCUCCUGGCAGGGCUCAAGGGAGAAUGCUUCCCACCCAUUUGCCAGCUGUGCCUCAGUUUCGCCCCUUGUCCUGGGCGAGCUGCUUCUAGGAUCAGGAGUAACCUUUUCUGAGCCAGUUGGGAAUGGGCCUGUGGUGGGUGUCUGGUGUCAGAGGACAGAGCUGUCUGCAAGGGCCGGCCGCAGGGCCACACAGUCAUGAAUGCUGCCCCCUUUGGGCAUCGGAGGAGAGAGGCAGGUGCUCCAGGAGCAGGAAGAGGCCCUAUGUAGGGGUUCUUCGGAAACUCAGGCAAAGUACAUGCCCCACACAGAGAGGGGAACCUGGGGGUAUCUUCACAGCUAGACCCAGCCUAGCACAGUCAGGACAAACACCCUCCUGGACCUGGCAUGAGAACAUGCACUACAAAGUGUGCGCCCGUAUCUUAAGCUGCUUUGGGGGGAAGAAAAAGUGUGUGGGGAGAUUGAAAUGGAUGUUCUCAGAUUGUAUUUAU